AUAAACAAUAAGACUCUGAAUUGAGGCCAGGAGGCUGCCAGAGCUCAGCAGCUCUCUCCUCCUCUCUCUAACAAUGGAGGGAGAUGAACUCUGUUUUCCACAGCUCAACACCUCCUGCAGGAAGCUAAAGCGUUCUCACUUUGACACUGUGUGUAUUCACGUUAUCCUGUCCUCCAUCUCUCUACUGACUGCAGCUCUUAACCUGCUCGUCAUCAUCUCCAUCUCCCACUUCAAGCAGCUCCACACUCCCACCAACCUCCUCCUCCUCUCUCUAGCUGUCUCAGAUUUCUUCGUGGGCCUCCUCAUGAUCUUUCAGAUCACACUCAUAGAAGGAUGCUGGUAUUUUGGUGACCUGGUGUGUGUCCUGUAUUCAGUUUUAGACUUAGUCAUUCCAUCUUCCUCAGUAGGAACCAUGGUGCUCAUAUCUGUUGACCGCUAUGCUGCCAUUUGUUAUCCUUUACAUUAUCCCACCAAAGUCACUCAGAGGAGAGUUCAGAUCUGUGUCUCUCUGUGUUGGAUCUGUUCUCUCUUCUAUGUAUUACUGAUGAUUAAGGAGAGUCUGAAACAACCAGGGAGGUUUAAUUCCUGCAUCGGAGAGUGUGUGAUUGAUUUUGACUUGACCAAACAAUUUGUAGAUCUCAUGUUGACUUUCUUUCUGCCCAUAAGUGUCAUCAUAGUUCUGUAUCUCAGAGUAUUUGUGGUGGCUGUGUCUCAGGCUCGUGCCAUGCGCUGUAAUAUUACAGCUCUUACUCUGCAGCGUUCAGGGAAAGUAACAGCUAAGAAGUCUGAACUGAAAGCAGCCAGGACUCUUGGGGUUGUUGUACUUGUGUUUCUAGCAUGUAUCUGUCCAUAUUUCUGUGUUUCACUCACAGACCAGGAGAAUUUGAUUAGUUAUGCAUCCUCUAUCUUUGUAGUUUCUCUGUUCUAUUUUAACUCCUGUCUAAACCCAAUCAUCUACGCCUUUUUCUAUCCCUGGUUUAGAAAAUCUAUGAAAGUUAUUGUGACACUUCAAAUACUGACUCCUGGCUCCUGUAAUGUUAACGUCCUGUAA